AUGACCGGUCGAACUCCCGAGAAGGGGCAGAGCUAUAUUGAGGCUUUGGAUACGGCCAGAUGCAACGACAGUUGGAAUGACGUCCCAGAGCUCGUUCGAAAAAUCGAGAAGCAUUGCCCGGAGCGAAGAUGCCUAAUAGAGGUUGCGCGUACCGAGUAUCAUGUCGUAAGCUACCUGAACAAGCGACCUAACACUGCCUCCACCGGCUCAGGAUCUACAGAGACAAAGCUCCAUGAUCUGAUACCAGGAUUGCUCUCUGUGAUGGAAGAGGAAGGGAGCCUGCCACAAGAUGUUUUCCAAGCUCAAGUGUGUUUGGGCUGGUUGCACUGGACGCUAUCGGAGCCUGCACUGGCAUCCUCUCGCCUGCCCAAGGAUUUUGAUGUGACACUGCGGAGGCUGUUCGGUGAUGAACAGGUCCUAUCGCCCUGGACAGAGCAUGCUGUUUUCAUAGGCGCAGCACAGGCAUUAGUUUCAGGGCCUGAAGAUGCGAUACGCACUUUCAAAUUGGUAUUACCUUGGAUCUCCGCUCCGUCUUCGACCUCCCCGUCAAAUCCGCAAUUUCUAUUCUGGUCUGAACAGCUAUUGGCCAGGGCCGCACUCCUUGCAAGCGAAGCCGCAUCGGAAGGGCCUCUGGCAAAUGAACAAACGGCUGAGUUUGCCCUGAAGGCGUUUCGGCUUUGGGCGGCCCACCGUAACGUACAACAAGGUGACCCAGCGUCGGAUGUUGUAAUCACUGCUCCAGCCAGUCCAGGGUCAAGAGCUUCAAUAUGGAAAGCCUAUUACACCUACUUAUCAUCGACUUUGUACCAAGUAGCUUAUACUUCUCCGUCAGAAAGCCAGAGACGUGUUCAACUAACAACGGAAAUCCGUCGCGUGGAGGCUAUUUGUGAAAAUAUUGUGAUUAAAAACACCACAUUUCCAAAGGCAGAGGUCAAAAAUACAGAAGUUGAAGCGUGGGUAGAACAGUUCAUUCAAAAUUGGGAGGUCCUUUGUGGGUCAGGGUGGCGGGACGGCGAUUUUGGGGAAGGCGGGCAUGAUGCUUUUUCUCGCAACGUUCUCGAUAUGCUGUAUCGAGCAGCUACCGUGACAUUUCAUUCUACCCUCAUUCUUCGCCGCCUUUUCCAUGUUCACGCAGCCUUAGCUGAGUUUAACCUCGCGAUCAAAGCACUGGAAACGUACAUCGAUCUCACCACUAGCGCAAAAGCGCGGGCAAAAAAAUCUCCGGAGGCUGCUGGCGAGCUGGAGGAUAAUGAGACAUUUGCCCUCACUCUUUCUGAGGGAAUAACAAUGCUAUCCUGCUUCGGCUCCUACAAGGAAGCGAAAAAAGCAAAGGAAUUAACCGAUAUGCUGCAGAAAUUAUUGGACGAGCUGGUUUGUAACAACUCGACCACCAACUCAACCAAGCCACCAGUUUCAGAAGAGCCAACGGCAAUUUUUUCCCAUGGCGAAACUUUGUCUCCCACGACAUUUUCAAUCGCAUAUCGCGCAAUCGGAAUUGGCCUCGCGAAUUGGGCAAGAUGGACUCCGAUAAAUGAAGCGCGAACUGACAUCCAAACCGAUGGCAUAGCUGCUCUUGAAAGAUCACUAACUUUUGGGUCACCAGAGGAAACAGAUGUGGCAUCGACGUUCGCACUUGCGCUCCUCCUUGCAGAAACUAGGGAUAUUGAUGGCGCAAUUGAUUGUGUCCGAACAGCUUUAUUGUCAGCGCAAUCCGUGGACUCGGGCGCACAAGGACAAUCACACUGGGUCAGCAUCAAGGAGCGAGAUCUCGUGCCGCUAUGGCAUUUGCUCGCUCUCCUACUAAGCGCAAAACAGGAUUUCGAGGCUGCGAAUAAAACCUGUAUCGCCGCUUUUAACAGCGUUCCAAGCGUCAAUUUUCUCCAUGAACCAGAUGAAAAGCUUUCCCAACAUAAGAAGCAAGACUCUGGAGAGAAAGCUGCCCAUUGGCUUUCAGCCGCCGCCAUCGAGGAGAGUAGAGGCACACCCAACGAAAUGGAAGCUCGCGAAAAGGAGAGCAUCGUUGAAUUACGAAUUACCCAGCUUAAGCUUCUGGAAAUACUGCACGGACCAGAAUAUGCACUAAACCAGUCUGAGGAUCUCCUCAGUCUUUACGGGCGUUUGUUUACGGAUCUCGAGUUUGAUAGGAAAAAUGAUCCAAAGCGAUCGGAUAAUCUCAUCCCUCCUAAGAGUUCAGCGGGAACAACUCGAAGCUUCCGCGGCAGUAUUUUUGGUCGAAGGAAGAGUGUUAAAUAUGUGGAGAAAGCCAGUUCUUUUAGAAUUGAACCCAAUAUGACACCUAGAGUACCAUCAACUUCGUCCGGAGGUGUUUCUAUUGAUCCAGACGCACCGACGAUUCAAGUUACGGAUGAGGAUCGGCCGGCGUCAAGCGAGCAUCCGCAUACAGCCGGUACCGGUGGCUCUACUCAGCAUAGAAUUCAUCGGCGGGACGGUAGUAUGAAAUCUAUACGACCACACAGCUUAGAUAGAACAGCUCGCUCAACUCGCCCAAAUACAAUAAAAAAACACAAACGCCAAAAUGCUGGGGAAAACUCACCGAUAUCCGGUGAUGUAUUGCCUCAAGCAGAUCGUUCCGAGGAUCCUCCAUCCCCAAGUCAUGCAUUGACACGCAAUGGAAGCCAUAAAACGCCCAACGAAGAGUCCAUUUCCUCCUGUUGCCCGAAAAGUAACCUACUCCGAUGGGGCCAAUUUUCACGAAGCGUUCGCUUCGACUCCCCCACACGCGCACUCACUCGGUUUCCGAAAGUUCAAACGCAAAUUCACGCCCAUGGCUUGCUAAUAAAAAUAUGGUUGUUCAUCGCAGGGCUUUAUCGACAUGCAGCGCUUUUCGAAGACGCGCUGGAAGCCUGCAACGAGGCGUCAGAACAAGCCAGAUGCGUAGAAUCACUCAUCGCAGGACAAGAGUCUUCAGCUAGAGCAUUCGCCGAUUCCGGUUGGGGAGGAACAAAGAGUUCCGACGAGCUUUGGGGGGACGUGUAUGCUGAAAGAGGACGCCUCGCUCUAGCAACGGCGCGGCCCUAUGAUGCGAUCAAUCAUUUUGAAGACGCCCUUAUGUACUAUCCGGAUCACAUUUCAGCUACAGUGGGCCUGGCUAACCUCCUUCUUGAUAUUUAUGACCAAACAUUACCUCUCGAGAAGUCCGAACCUGACCUAGACACCAACACGCCUGGUGUGUCUCUGUUAUCAUAUUCGUCAAAGUUUGAAGCGAGCCCCAAACCGCACGAUGGCGAACCUACCCAGGGCAGCGGUGGCCCCUCCCCAUCACAAGAAAUCACACCCGAAGCUCUAGAUCGGCUUGCCGCACGCGAUAGGGCUUAUGGCCUUCUAUCCGCGUUGACAAAACUCGGAAGUGCAUGGGAUAACUCUGAAGCGUGGUUUGCUUUGUCAAGAGCUUAUGAGCAAAGCGGCCAAAUAAAUAAGGCUAAAAAAGUCCUUUGGUGGUGUGUGGAGCUUGAGGAUAGACGACCUAUCCGGCAUUGGUGGAACGUCGGGUCUGGGGGAUAUGUUCUAUAA